GUCGUGAUGUGGGGAGGCCGCAAGCUGAGCUCCUCCUGGAGUCGAUAUUUAGGAGCGCAUAAGUCGGCGUUCCGGGGCACACAGGCAGGCUGUCUUCGCUUAACCACGUCGGCGGCUUAUUCAAAAAAUCAGCUCAGUUGGACUCUACAAAUUAAACCAUCGGUUUUCAGUGACUACAGAAUCAUGUGUUUCAAAUCCUAUAGCACGACUUUUGCCUGCCUGAAUAGGAUGAAAAGUUACAGACUCCCUUGGACAAGACUGUACAGUACUUCCCGGACCACUGUAGACAGCAGUGAGGUGAAGACCUUCCUGGCCUUGGCGCACAGGUGGUGGGACGAACAAGGAAUAUAUGCACCUCUUCACUCUAUGAACGACCUGAGGGUGCCGUUCAUUAGAGACAAUCUUUUAAAAACAGUUGCUGAUCACCAGCCAGGAAAACCUUUGUCUGGGAUGAAGAUUCUUGAUGUUGGCUGUGGUGGUGGAUUGUUAACGGAGCCUCUAGGGCGGCUUGGGGCUUCAGUUAUUGGAAUUGAUCCUGUGGAUGAGAACAUUAAAACGGCACAGCACCAUAAAUCAUUUGACCCAGUCCUGGAUAAGAGGAUAGAGUACAGAGCGUGUUCCCUGGAAAAGAUUGUGGAAGAAACUGCAGAAACAUUUGAUGCUGUCGUAGCUUCUGAAGUUGUAGAACAUGUGAUUGAUCUAGAAAUGUUUAUACAGUGCUGCUGUCAAGUGUUAAAACCCGGUGGUUCUUUAUUCAUUACUACAAUCAACAAAACACAGCUGUCCUAUGCCUUGGGAAUUGUUUUUUCAGAGCAGAUUGCAGGUAUUGUACCAAAAGGUACUCAUACAUGGGAGAAGUUUGUUUCACCUGAAAAGCUAGAGAGCAUUCUGGAAUCAAACGGUCUGUCAGUUCAAACUGUGGCAGGAAUGCUCUACAACCCCUUCUCAGGUUACUGGCAUUGGAGUAAAAACACCAGCCUUAAUUAUGCAGCUCAUGCCGUGAAAUCCAGCAUUCAGGAACACCCAGCUCCUGCCGAGUUUGCUUUAAAGGAGGAAACAGAAGAGCUCCGAAAUGAAACCUCCACCAACUCAGGUGUGCAUGAAGAGCUGAAGAAAUGAAUUGUUUCUAAGGACAGUAGUAAAAUGGCUUGAAAGUCUGAUGUUUACAAAUACACAAAAUAUACCGUUUGUCUUUUGAGACAGGAUCAUAAAGAAAAGAAAGUCAAUAGAAAGGGCUAAAACCUUAGAUAAAAGCUUUUGUUGUUUCAUCUAAUAGCUACCUUCAAGGGAUUAGUCUAUGUAUUAAAAAAGUUUUCAUGAGGUAUUAUGUGAUCUAGGAGUUUAAGUUUCUCAGCCUUUGUUAUAUAAAUAGGGUAUACAUAUUUCGCUUCAUCUUACAGAUUAUAUGAUAUUUUUCCCACAUGUAUGCACAUACAUAUAUACUGUAAUGUUUUAAUUUAAGUAAAUUUGUAUCAUCUAGGUUCUUCUUUAUUUGGUUUUAGUUACAGGCAGUUAUGCUUCUGACUGGUUUUAUUUUAUACCACAUAUUUAGGAAGAUAAAAUGUCUUUUUUCCUUUAAAUUUUGGUUUUUGGAAAGCAAAUUGAUUGUUAAAUAUAAACUGGGUUUGGUCAAACAUUAGAAUCAAGGAAUUCAGAUUAUGUUGGACAUUUUUCUCUGUACAGUUCUAUAAAUGUUUUGUGGUGCCUUUUUUAAGUAGAAAAGAUUUUUGAACUCAAUUUAAGAGUUUAGUUAUGGAAAUUUUCUUUUUCGGCUAACAUUUUGUAAUUAGAGGCACUGACUUGAAAUAUACUUUCACGCCUCUUGAAGUAUGUGAUUUUUUGGCUUUUUCUGAAAGUCCAGAAUGUAUAAGGACUUUGAUAGAGGGUGUUGACCAAAUAUGAGAAAUAUAGGUUGAACGCCUGUGACUCAUAUAGAAAGUCAGCUUUUACUUUCUAGCCUUUCUCACCGUUUUUUGUUUUUGUUUUUGGCUGCACCCCACUGGACCACGGGGAAUUCCCUAGCCUUUCUCACUUUUAAGCUCAUAAGCUUUGUGUAUUUCUUUGUCAGUGCCUGUUGGAUUGGGCUCACCACGCAAACAAUUCCCAACCAUCUUAGCUUAUCACUUGCUUGUUCUCAGUGGCAUUCCAGGGAGGAAACUGAAAUUUAAAGGGUUAAAAGAAAUUUUAACUUCGGUUGCUAAUGUCUAAUUAGGACACUAAAAAUCAGGAGUUCCCACUGGGUUUCAUUUAAAAGUUUGAUUCUUAGUCUGAAUUCUAGUAGUUUUGUUACCAAAGCAAAGCUUCUUCAUUCUAUCUUGGGAAAAAAAAAAAGUGUUGGUAUUAGAAAUUAAUCUAAAUGGAAAACCAGAAACCAUAAAACUCUUAGAAGAAAACAUAGGUGGAAUACUCUUUGACAUAAAUUGUAGCAAUGUACUUUUUUUUUGUCUCCUAAAGCAAAGGAAACAAAAGCAAAAAUAAAUGAAUGGAACCCAAUUAAACUUAAAAACUUUUGCACAGCAAAGAAAACCAACAACAAAACAAAAAGACAACCUACCGAAUGGGAAAAAGUAUUUGCAAAUGAUAUGAUUGAUAAGGGAUUAAUAUCCAAAAUAUAUAAACAGCUCAUACAACUCAACAUCAAAAAAAAAAACAGAUUAAAAGAUAGACAGAUGACCUGAAUAGACAUUUUUCCAAAGAAGAUAUACAGAUGGCCAAUAGGCACAUGAAAAGAUCGCUAAUCACCAGGGAAAUGCAAAUCAAAACCACAAUGAGGUAUCAACUCCCAUCUGUCAGAAUGGCUAUCAUCAAAAAGUCUACAAAUAACAAGUGUUGGCAAGGAUGUGGACAAAAGAGAACCCUUGUACACUGUUGGUGGGAAUGUGAAUUGGUGCAGCCACUACAGAAAACAGUAUAGAGAUUCCUCAAAAAACUAAAAAUAGAACUACCAUAUGACCCAGCAAUUCCACUCCUGAGUAUAUAUCCAAACAAAACAAAAACAAAAACACUAAUUCAAAAAGAUCUGUGCACCCCAACGUUCAUAGCAGCUCUAUUUACAAUUGCCAAGAUAUGGAGGCAACCUAACUAACCAUCAACAAAUGAAUGGAUAAAGAAGAUGUUAUUUAUAUAUAUAUAUAUUGGGUUGGGCAAAAAGUUCGUUCAGGUUUUUCCACCCGAACAGUUUUUUUUUUUUGCCACCCUAAUACACAUGCACACACACACACACACACACAAUGGAAUACUACUCAGCGACAAAAAAGAAUGAAAUUUUGCCAUUUGCAACAACAUGGAUAUUGUUGGAGGGUCUUAGAUGCUAAGUGAAAUAAGACAGAACGAUAAGGUGAAGGGGCAAGAUAACAAGAGACACAAACUACUAUGAAUAAAAUAAGCUACAAGGAUAUAUUGUACAGGGACUUACCUGGUGGCACAGUGGUUAAGAAUCUGCCUGCCGAUGCAUGGGAGGUGGGUUUGAUCCCUGGUCCAGAAAGAUCCCACAGGCCGUGGAACAGCUAAGCCCGUGCACCACAACUACUGAGCCUGCGCUCUAGAGCCUGUGCACCACAACUACGAAAGCCGGGAAACCUAGAGCCCGUGCUCCGCAACAAGAGAAGCCAUUGAAAUGAGAAGCGCGCGCACAGAAACGAAGAGUAGCCCCUCCUUGCCACAACUAGAGAAAGCCUGUGCACAGCAACGAAAACCCAAUGCAGCCAAAAAUAAAUUAAAAAGUUAAAAAAAAAUGAUUAAUCUAAGGACUGUGUAAUGAAAUUGAUUAAAAGGCAGCCCCCAAACAAAGGGCAUUUAUUUUAGAAAGAACACUCUAACUUUCAAUUAUUAAAAAUAUACAUUGUUAAGUGAUGGAAAUUCAGUAUAAUUCAGUAAUAGCCCCAUUAGGUAGGGACUACCGUCCACUCCAUUUCACAGAGAUGUUAGAUGUAUUCAGCUUCACACAAGUAGUAAGAGGCAGACCCAGGCAGUCUGAUUGCUGAGCUUGUGCACAUCACCACCUUGAUACUUGUGUCUAGUAUCUGUGCCAUCAUAUGGUCAUCGUGGUAGCAUAACCACACACAACUGGAUUAUUAUCACUUAUUUGAAUUGUCUGUAUGCAAGGUAGCACCUUCAAAAGCAUUUAAAUCAAACAGCGUCACAAAAUCUGGGCUAUUUGCCUCAGUUCUCUUAGAGCUUCAUUGCCUUUCUAUGACUAAAACAAUUACAUGCUACUGAUGACAACUUAAUAAAAUACUUUAAAGCCCCCAAAUAAAAUUAUAGCCUUACUUUCUAUUAUAGUUACA